CCAUCCUACUCAUUCCAUUCCAUCAACCCAACCCCUCUGGCCAAGCUCAUUAAGCUACUAAUCACCCCCUCAAGCUACAAGAAAUCAAUUAGCAGUUCUCAUUGACGAUCUCCCCUUGGCUUGUCAGGUUGAUCUGCAGUCGUGCAGGCGCAUCGGUCCUUGGAAGAGCUUCGAAUUCUGCUUCCCGCAGCUGUUUGCUAAUGGAUCUCGCGACGACGCCAGCGCGGCAACCCAUGGAGCCGGGCCUGGUGCGGCGGCUGUGGCACGUGGUGCUCGCCGUGUGCCACAUGCUGCGCCGCGGCCUCUCCCGCAAGCGCAUCAUGAUGGACGUCCACCUCCUCCUCGGCCGCGGCAAGUUCGCCGGCAGGGCGCUGCGCGGCCUCCUCGCCCACCCGGCGGGCCACGGCCACGUCGCGGCUUACGGCGCCACCGCCUACUCCUCCUCCUCGCUGGCCUCAUUCUACGGCCACCCCCGGGAGGUGGAGUUCAGCUGCACCACCACGCCGUCCUACCCUCACUACGGCCUCUUCCCCUUCAACAAGGGCCGCGGUCGCGGCGGCGCGCGCGGCCAGUACGGCGGCCUCGACGCGGCAGCCGUGGCGCGGGCGUUCGAGAUGCUCAGCGCCGAGGUGGAGGUCACCGGAGGGGCCACGCCGGCGGUGUCAGCCGGGGUGGCGACCGCAACGCCGUCGCCCAUGGUGGCGUGGAUCCUGGGCCGCAGCCCCGCGGGGGUCCGGCCGCUGCGCGUCACCGACUCGCCGUUCCCCGCCGUGCCGGAGGACGGCUGCGGCGGCAACGAGCGCGUGGACGCCGAGGCCGACGACUUCAUCAGGAAGUUCUACGAGCAGCUGAGGAUGCAGCCCUCCGCCGCCACGCCUGACUGCCAGUUGCGCCGCCGCGGGGAGCUAGCCUAGCUCCGCCGGCCGGCUCUGCGUCGGCUUUGGUAAUUUGCAUCAGUGACGUGCGUGUGGGCGCACACGCCCGCGCUUGUCGUGUGUCCGUGGUAGCAUGCAUGCAUGGCCCCCACGAGAGCGAUAUGAUGAAGCGUAUGUGGAAAAAUGCUUGGUCCUGUGCGCGAAUUAAUUGUUUUACCAUGAGGACAUCCACAUCUACCGAGAUCAGUUGUUGUUUUAGUUAGAUCAUCAAUUUGGGGUAAUUUUCAAGCAUCAUUUGAAUGGCCAUGAAUCCAUGAUGGAGAGCCAAUAGAUUUGCGCAUUGUUCAUGAAGUUGUUCAAUUAAUUUACAUGUUAUUUUUCC